AAAUCACUUCCGCUUUAACCGGAAGUCUCUUCCUCGCGUCACGAUGGUUCCUCCAGUCGCAGUUUCUCCGCUCAUCAAGACGGCCAGGUGGUCUGCCCUCCUGCUCGGCGUCUUCUAUGGCAAACAGAGGUUUGACUACCUGAAGCCCAUUGCUGAGGAGGAGAAGAAGGUUGAGGAGGCAGAGAAAAUCGCCAGAGUGGAGCAGGAACGCAUCGCCAAACAGCUGUCAGAAGCAAAUUCUGAAACCAUCCUCAAGUGAUGUAUCUGUGGACCUGUGUCCGUGUGUUUCAAACCCAAUAAAACUUUAUUUUUCAUGUAAUCAACAAAA